AUGCCGUCUUCGCCCAGGCAUAGAAACCGCUCUCCGGAAAAGUUUUCCAGCUCCCGCGACUCUCCUAAAGUUCAUGAUCAUCCCUCCAAAAAGGAUGAGCAUGAACGGAGACAUCGCGAGAAAAGCCGUGAGCGCAUGGACUCUAAUUCAUCUGCUGCAUCCCAUAUUAAGCGCGUUCGGCAGACAAGUCCAGUGGUCGAAUAUAGUCACUCUCAUAAACCUGAUAUUAGUGAAUCGAACGUAGCUAAACCAAAGAAUGAGGACCUCAGCAUCCUUACUCGCACUGGGGGCGCAUAUAUACCCCCUGCCAGGUUACGCCAAAUGCAGGCCCAAAUCACAGAUAAAACCUCAGAGGCUUAUCAAAGGAUAGCAUGGGAGGCUUUGAAAAAAUCUAUCCAUGGUUAUAUUAAUAAAGUAAAUGUAUCUAACAUACAGCUGGUCGUCAAGCAAUUGCUAGUGGAGAAUAUUGUCCGUGGCAGGGGCCUUCUUGUGCGCUCUCUCCUGACAGCCCAAGCUUCUUCACCCUCUUUUACCCAUGUAUUUGCUGCACUUGUCGCUAUAAUAAAUACAAAGUUUCCUCAGAUCGGAGAACUUGUGCUAAAGAGGCUAAUAGUCGAUUUUCGGAAAGCUUUUCGGCGAAACCAAAAGGAACGCUGUCUUACGGCUUCGCGUUUUUUGGCUCAUUUGGUUAACCAAAAAGUUGCCCACGAACUCGUCGUUCUGGAACUCUUGACCCUUUUACUUGAGUCCCCAACCGAUGACGGCAUCGAAGUCGCUGUUGCAGUCCUUAAGGAGGCAGGGUCCAUUCUUCAGCAACUUGUUCCCCGGGGAUUGCAUGGCAUUUUCGAACACCUCAGGCGUAUUUUAAAUGAAGGUGCCUGCGACAAGCGAGUAUCCUACAUGCUCGAAGUCAUGUUUCAAAUUCGGCGAGAUGGCUGGAAGGAUCACCCCAGUGUGCUUCCGGACUUGGAUCUCAUCUCAGAGGACGAUCAAAUUACGCAUACUCUAUCUAUCUCUGACCCAAUGGACACUGAAGAUUCUCUUAAUGUAUUCAAAUUUGACCCUACUUUUGAAGAAAAUGAAGCUAAGUAUGCUGCUAUUCGGGCCUCUUUUGUUGAAGAAGAAAGUGGAGACGAGGAAGAUUCUGAUGCCGAAAGUGGUAGUAAUGCUGACGAUGAGAAGAAUGAAUCCGACGGUGCUUAUGAAAAUGACAGUGAUGCCGAUGCCAGGGCUCAGGCAGGUGCUAGUACGGGCAAUGAUCAGCACAAACAGCAGAUAAUUGAUCAAACAGAGACCAAUUUACUACACCUGCGACGCACCAUAUAUCUCAUGCUUCAGAGCAGUAUAAGUGCUGAUGAGGCAGCACAUCGCCUAUUGCAAUUAAAAAUUCAGCCUGGUGAUGAGUAUGAAGUUGCUUCCAUGGUUUUGGACUGUUGUGCACAGACGCGAAGUUAUGAGUCUCGUUAUGGCAGAUUGGGACAAAGACUUUGUCGUGUUAUCACACAUAGUGGAAUGUUUAAUGGUCCUAAACCGGAAGUCAAGCCAAAUAAGACGACUAUUUCCGGUAAGCCUUCUCAGGAUUCUGUAGUACCUGCCCCUGAUCAGACUGCUCCUAUCAGUUAUGUUGCGCAAUUUGAGAAGAUCUUCGCCGAACAGUAUGCCGUAAUUCACCGACUCGAAACGGCCAAGCUACGCAAUGUUGCCCUAUUCUUUGCACAUUUACUUUACACAGACUCUCUAUCAUGGGGAGUUUUAGAAUGCAUUAAGUUAAACGAACGCGAUACUACUUCAUCUGGCCGUAUAUUCAUCAAACAUAUGCUGCUAGAAUUAUGCUCCUUUAUGGGCUUGGCUGGUUUACAGACGCGCCUGCGUGACCUAACUCUCCAGCCCUUUUUCACUGGUCUUUUACCAAGAGAUAAUCCAAAGGAUACUCGAUUUGCUAUUAACUUCCUCACCAUUAUUGGCCUCGGUGGUCUCACCCUUGAUCUGCGUGACUUCCUUCUUCAGGCGAAAGAGGCUGUUUUGGCUUCUUAA